AUGUUUAUACCGGACACCCUAGGCGACGCCCACCAACGCGCCCUUAUUGCUAUAUGUUUAUAUCCUGGAGUUUAUCUGGUGCAAGAACAAGCUUUCAGAAAAGAUGCAGUGGUGGCAGAUUGGAAGUUAUCUUCUGAGCAAUCCAAAAUCUCAGAGGAAGACCUUCUGUUAGGUUUGAGGAGUUGGCUUGGACAAGGAGUUGCAGAAGGAUGGGAAAAGGUGACAAUUGAGCUGCAUGACAAAGCUUUGCUUAAGAGACUGUCUGUCCCGUCUUCCUUUUCUUUUUGUGUAUUGUUUAGACCGAUGUGGUCGUGUAGGGGGACUAGCCUGAGUGUUUUGUUUAUUCUCUGUGGCCUGUGGGCUGGUGUUGCUUGUUGCAACCCGAUGGUUGCUUGA